AGUACGGGCAAGUCAAUCAAAAGGAAGAGGACGGUCGUCCAGGCCAAGAUCUCACUGGGCGCAAUACGUGUUUCGCGGCGUCCAUGCGAAUGGUAACGUCACCCUCCCAGGAGCAGGAUCUUGGCUGGCGAGCUUGGAGGGGACUUUUAUGCAGCUUUCGUCGCGGGCUGUCAAGCAAGGAUCAGUGCAUAAGAUCGCGGGACUCUGGUCUCUAUUGACGUCCUACACUGACUUCGUGACUGGCGCGUAAAGAAUGUCGAAUUUGAACUCGGAAGAAACUAGUUGUGGGGUGACCGGGGGCCGGUCUGCGCGUCGGUUUGCGCAGGGCAGACUGAUGGCGUCUAGGUGAGAACCGAGCAAGUCCAUGUAUCGAAAAAUCCGGGUCAAGGGGUCGGUUCUAUGGGAAGCCAGAUGGGAUUGUCGAUGAUGUUUCGACGUUUCAACAUUGGCAGUCCCACGUUCGAGAUCAGGGGUUUCCACAGAAUGUGGUGAGCUUAAAUCGGUAGUCUGCUGUACAAGCCCCCCCCUCAUUCCACCUAUCGCGCUUCUCUCCUACCUUAUAUAAACCCAACAACUCCAUCUUGGCUCAUCCUACCCCAUAACUCUCGUCCCGAGAUAUUCUGUCGACACUUCCCAGCCUCGCUGGCUACCCAUCGCAACUAGGUCUCCCUACGCUCCGCCUCGUAUCGCCUACCAUGUCUUCCCCAUCUCCUGAGCCCGCUGCUCGCAAGAAGCGCUCCACCGAAGUGGCAAAGAAAACAUCUGAAGAUGACCACCGACGCAAGCGUCGGAAUAGGACAACUCAGUCAUGUCUCAAUUGCCAUACCUCGAAACGCAUGUGCGAUCGCAAGCGGCCUUGCGGUCGUUGCACCCAGCUUGGCUUGACUGGCCUGUGUGUAUAUGAAGUGGACGAUCCGAACCAGAGGGCCGACACGUCGAGCGAGACCAUUCGCCUUCAGAAGCGUGUCGCCGAACUCGAGAGUGUUAUACGUGAGCUAAAAAACAAGCCUCAUCCAAAAUGGGCACAGAGCACUACAACAGAGGAGAGCAAGGGAGAUUGCAAAGACGCUCCCAAGCUCAGCUCUGUAUCAUUGUCCGGUCGCGCUGCUUCUAUAGAGGCCGAGUCCGCGAAGCCACCAACGAUUCACUUGCAGGUGCCCGUACCAUCGUCAUCGUCGAGGUCAUCACCUUUCGACAUGAACGCUCCCUCCCCCUCCGCAUCUUCUGGCACCUCGACGAGCUGUCCAUCACCUCUCGUUCUGACGCCUGUUGACGACAGCAGCUAUGAUAUUGGCUCGUUAUUGGCCCAGUGUUAUCCAGGCGGGGCGGGGUUGGAUGGUGCCAUUGAUAAUUUGUUCGACGGCUUCAUCCGGUCGGACAAUGCUACGAUUCCUAACCCCGAGCCGUGUCUCAUACAUCCCGAGACCGUGCACUGCGGCUGUUUGGGCGAAGCGAACAGCUACAAUGUCGUGCUCGAACUCUCCCUCCGUCUCCGACGUGCGGCAGAGACGCUGGCACACUAUUCAAGACACCAUUCGGCGUCCGUCAACUGUCAGAUCCAUCAGCGAAUAACAGAUCUGGAUCGCUACACUACCGAGGCUCUCGCCAAUGCCAACAGCCCUAUGGUGUCCUUCCAGCCGUAUCACGGUCAUUCAUCUUUCUCUUCAUCGGGCCCCUCGCCGAUGGGUAAUGCCCAGGCCAUGAGCUCCACGGUGUCGCCGCAAUCGCUGCACCCCGGCAUGCGGUCGUGGGAGUACAAAUCAUCGUCGGCAUAUCCCAGCCCACCUCGCGAUGAUCACUUCAUGAGCUGGGAACCUGCCCGACGGCCGACGGACUGGCCUCCGUCUUCAGGGUUGUAGUUCAUUUUCUUCUAUCUCACUUUUCCACCGGACUCGAUCUACUUUAUGCAACAUUUGUCCUAUCUGCGAGGUGUCUCCGGGGUUUGUAUUGGAUAUAUAGACGCUUGUAGCCAAGAAGCGCACUGAUGUAUAAUAUUGUCUGUAAUAGGUGCUCGAAUCGAUAUCUUGACG